UGCUAAUGUAAUGUAGGCGGUAGUUGUGCUGCCGCAGGGGGCGCUCGACUGCUCACGGAAGACGCCUUGGCGGUAGUGUGCGUCGCAGCCUCCUCUUGUCGCCGCGCCCCUUCUCCUUGUUCGUGGAAACUAGAGGCCGUUGCGAAUUCCGGCUCGUCUCAUUCAGUGGCCCAGUUCCCUCUCUGUUUUUCCAUUUCUGCUUGCAUACGUGAGAUUUCCGGUAGUUUUAACUGUUUAGUUUUGUAUUACUAUUUUCGUAGUUCAUCGGUGCCCAGGUUUCCGGCAAGAUCUGUUUCCUGACGUGAGGAUUUUUUUUUUAAAUUUUGGGAGCCUACCCCUCUUCUCCACCCCUUUCCCUACGUUGUAAGACACGGUCCGGCAUCGGCUAUGGCGGCGAGUGCGAAGCGAAAACAGGAGGAGAAGCACCUGAAGAUGCUUCGAGAAAUGACGAGCCUGCCCCCCAACCGAAAGUGCUUCGACUGUGACCAGCGCGGCCCGACCUAUGCCAACAUGACCGUGGGCUCCUUCGUGUGUACCUCCUGCUCCGGCAUUCUACGAGGCCUCAAUCCACCACACAGAGUAAAGUCUAUUUCCAUGACAACCUUCACGCAACAGGAGAUAGAGUUACUGCAGAAACAUGGCAAUGAGGUAUGCAAGCAGAUUUGGCUAGGAUUGUAUGAUGAUAGAUCUUCUGCAAUUCCAGACUUUAGGGAACCCCAAAAAGUUAAAGAAUUUCUUCAAGAAAAAUAUGAAAAGAAAAGAUGGUAUGUUCCCCCAGAGCAAGCUAAGGUUGUAGCCUCUGUUCAUGCUUCAAUUUCGGGAUCUUCUGCUAGUAGUACAAGUAGUACACCUGAAGUACGGCCACUGAAAUCUCUUCUUGGUGAUUCUGCACCUGCACUGCAUUUAAAUAAGAGCACACCAAGUCAGUCUCCUGUAGUUAGCCGGGUCCAAGUACAACAUCAGCAACAGAUGACUCAACAAUUUCAGCAGGAGAAAAAACAGUUUGACCUCCUCAGUGAUUUAGGAGGUGAUAUCUUUGCAGCUCCAGCACCUCAGCCUGCCACCUCUGCAAACUUUGCAAACUUUGCACAUUUUAACAGUCACACAGCUCAGAGUAAUGCAAAUGCAGACUUUGCAAAUUUUGAUGCAUUUGGAAAUUCUAGUGCAUCGAGUAGUUUUGGAGGUUUCCCCACAGCGAGUCAGCCUUCUUUCCAGCCCCCGAUUACAGCGUUCAGAACGCUUUCAUCAAGCUGCAGCUUUGGUGAAUUUACUUCAGCUUUCCCUCUUCAAGCUGUACACAGCGCUGGUGGACAGGCGAGUAAUGUUAAUUCUGCUCCUGCUUUAGCACCCCCAAGCCACCCGGCUUCUAUAGGAGGAGACCGAUAUGCAGCCUUAGCAGAGCUGGACAGUGUUUUCAGCUCAACUGCACCAACUAGUAAUGUCUAUAGUACAACUAGUAGUGUUAGCAGCAGUGUCUUUGGGACAGGAGCUACACAAGCACAGAGUCAGCAAGCAAUACCAAGCAUCCCUGCUGGAUUUGGAGGUAGGCUGGAAACCACCACAUCAACAAAUCCAUUCAUGGCACCAACAGUGGCUCCAGCUUCUGCUCCUACAAAUCCAUUCCAAACUAAUGGAAGAAUGCCCCCAACAGCAGCAGCAGCAGCAGCAACAGGCCUUUUAGGAGCUCUGCACAGUCAAGUAUUUCCACAGGCACACUUUGCUGCCUUUGGUACUGGUUCACUGAGCAUGCCUGCUGGAUUUGGUGCAACAGCUACCUAUAAUCUUCCCACAAGCUUUAGUGGAACAUUUCAGCCACCGCCUUUCCCUGGACAGGCAGCCUUUACUCAGCCUGCUACUUACUCUCAGCAACCAAAUGGUGCAGGAUUUGCAGCAUUUGGACAAAGUAAACCAGUUGUAACACCAUUUGGCCAAGCAAUGGCUAACCCAGGAGUGUCGAGUAAUCCUUUCAUGGCAGGAGCUCCAACAGGACAGUUCCCAGCUGGUAGUUCCUCAACAAAUCCAUUCUUAUAGCCCUUUUAAUUGUAAUCUGAAGGAGUGGUUUCUCACCAUCUUUGCGCCUUUUGCACUGUUGUCUUGUUUCACGAACUUAGCUUUAAACACGAGAAAAGUCUAAAACUUGUAUUUUUUAUUAUAAUAAAAAACAAGGUCAUAAGUGCAGAAGUGGUGCAUUUUCUCCUUGACAUUCUUUAUUUGACCUGUGAACUGGCAAAAAAGAAAAACAUAGCCAUAUCAUUUAUAUUAAAAUGGGCUAAUAUUAAGUUAUUGCAAUACCACAUUCAUAAUGCUGCAGUACUGUACAUAUCUUUCUUAGAAUAUUAGCUAUUUGUGCAUAUCAGUAUUUGUAUCUUCUAACACAUGUAUGUAAUGUGCGAAUAUAACGGGGGGUGGGCAAACAUGGGCUCCUGAAGGAUAUUCUGGUUUUCUGUUUGAUGAAUUACUAAAAUCAUAUAGAGUAUUUAGUUAUGGACAAAAAUGAUUGUAUUUAGUUCCCAAGAUUAAACAAAAAGCUGAAGAGUUUUCUUUCUGUUUAAAAGGCACUUGUCCAAGUACAUACUGAAAAUCUACAGCAUUUAUAAAUGAAUAAACAAAAAGCACCAGAAGGCUUAAGCCUUAUCAUGUGUUGUAGGUGGUAAAUAUGCAUUUAGAGUAAGCAAAAAUAGUAACUAAAAGGCCACCUGUGUUGAGAAUUACAAACCCAAAUACGUUAAAUCUGUAUAUAAAAUAUAUAUAUUAAAAUGAAUUUUAACUAAACAUCAACUCAUUCUUUUGUAUUUCUGUAAAUAUUCAUAUGUUAACUAAUUUUGUAAAAAUGAAUAAAGGGGGAGUGGGGCUGAAGGUUUCAAAAACAUUGCACUCUACAGUAUAUGAUGAGGCUAUGAACAUGACUAAAGGUAAAAACAUGCACAUGGUAAUCCUUGAAAAAUACCGUCUGGUUGGAAAUUUUAAAUUUAAAUGUCCUAGUAAAGCAAAAUAUUCUCCUUAUGCUGUAAUAGCACUUUUCAUCUGCCUUGUACUUUAUAUUUUUAAGGAUAAUAAAGUGAAAACAAUCUUU